GUCAUGAAUCCGUUGUAAAGGAGGUAAGUAACAAGAGACCUUGAAUGAAUAUACUGUGUCUCGGUACAAUUGUUUGUCUAUACUAGCCGCAUCUCAAUUUUUUCUUCUCCCUUUGGCACAGACAUAAUAUCAAGUUUGCGGCAGAGGGCAGAUUGUGCUAGACUCACAGACAGAAAACUUCCGGACAUGCUUUUUUUUAAAAAAAAACCCCCAAAAACCUUAUGGUCUAUGGUCCCUUGCCCUUGUUUCGUCUUGUUUGUCUCAGCCCUCUUUGUUAUUCGGUGUCUACGCAGUUUUGAGUUACCUCUUCCCUACUUCUAAUAGGCUUAGUACCUACCCGGCAGCUCUCUUAAACAUCACCUCACCUUCCACAGGGCCAACUUCUUACCAACUUAUUCUGAUUCUACACUUGCUCGCGAUUGCACAAUGUUUUAGUUUAUACGACAUCUCAACACCUGCCGUGCAUCAUGUUAAUAAUUCAUUUUAUAUAGCUUCGGAACGACCGAUAACCAUCAUGUUUCUCAUCGCCGACUUUACCAGCCAAGUCUUCGACUCGGUGGCCCUUUAACAGUGGCUUCUCCUGUUGUUUCAAUCUUAGACUCACAAAGUCAAAGUCUUUUAGCUAUACAACAACCUAACUUACCAUCAUGGCCGGAGCUCGUGAGGCCUUCCUGGGAUUUAUCCAGGCCCUUCGUCCUUCGUUCCUUUCUAGAGAUCCGCAUUUCAACUUCAUCACAGUCCACUAUUUUUGGAUCAUUGGAUGGACAAUCAUAGGGUCCGUGCUGAUUUUUGCUCCUGGAAGGGGCAAUUUAGCUUAUAUCGAUGCUCUCUUCUUUGCCAGCGGUGCCAAUACUCAGGCAGGACUAAAUACCGUUGAUGCAAAUCUGCUCAAUACCUUUCAACAAAUAGUCAUUUACUUUCUUACUAUGCUCACCAAUCCUAUCACCAUCCACUCUUCUGUAGUUUUCUUGCGCCUAUACUGGUUUGAAAAAAGGUUCCAGCAUGUCGUGAAGGAGGCAAGAACGCGACGUGUAUCGAUCGCCAAAUCACGGUCCAAGGCAAAAGCGAGUGCCGCAGAUUUGGAGAAGGGCGUCAAUGGCCGACACAUCACGGUCAUGCACAACACCGCUAAAGCCUCUCGGAUAACUAACGAUGGCAUCGUAUUGGAUAACUACACUAUCCAAGGGGCUACGAAAGGAGACGUGCCCAUUGAUGGUUCACCGGCCGAAGAUGAGCCGGAUCCUAAAACUCCAGAUCAAACUUCUCAGCGACCUCCGUUGCAAAUUAAAUUCUCGGACCAAGUUAGGAGUAGCGAUGCGUUUGAGUCAGAUGAUGACGAGAUCUUAAUACCUUCUAAACGGACUGACGCCGAGCAUAUCGCUAUUCUAGAAAGACAGCGCAAGGCAGACAAGGGUGUAUUGCGAAUUCCUGGUCCACGAGACGCCGAUAGGGGUGCGCUUCCAGAAGAGCUAGAUGACGAGGGCGCCGACGGCCCUGAUAAUUUGAACCGAAUACGGAGAGAGUCGAGCGUUGAAGGGCCUAAUCGGCCAACUUCACCGCUACGGAUUCGCCCGGAUCGCCAACCAACCAUCACCAUCGAGGAGCCAGUGAAACCCCGGAGAGAGGAACAUGACUGGCCGGAAGAGAUAGCUGAAGUUGACGAAGUGACCUCCCACGCUAACGGUGGGCCGAGAAAUCGAAAACCUAGAAAAGAAGGAGAGAAAUUGAGCCACACCGACACGACUGCAUCGUCGGUGCUGCAUCGCGUCAACCCUCUCAACCGAAUCAAGUCGGUCUUGACCCAAGGCAAAGAUGAGGACCCCAUGCCAUACCUCAGUUGGCAGCCUACCAUGGGCCGGAACUCUGCUUUCCUAGGGCUCACAGAAGAGCAGAGAGACGAAUUAGGCGGUAUUGAAUAUCGAUCGCUGAAAGCGCUUGCCCUUGUCCUCACAAUUUAUUUUUGGGGAUACACUAUCUUCGGCAUUAUCUGUUUAUUGCCCUGGAUCCUUCACAACAAUGAAUACUAUGGCCAGAUUAUUGAUGCUGCCGGCCAAAGCAGAGUGUGGUGGGCUUUCUUUACGUCAAAUUCGGCGUUAAUGGAUCUUGGCUUGACCCUUACCCCUGAUAGUAUGAACUCUUUCAACACGGCCAUCUUUCCCUUGCUCGUCAUGUCAUUUCUGAUCAUCCUUGGGAAUACCGGGUUCCCCAUCAUGCUUCGUUUCAUGAUUUGGCUGUUCUCUCUCGUUGCGCCCCGAGGAUCAGGCCUUUGGGAGGAAUUGAAGUUUCUCUUGGACCACCCGCGGCGGUGUUUCACGCUUCUAUUUCCGUCUAAUGCUACCUGGUGGUUAUUCUUCAUUCUAGUCGCUCUUAAUGGUAUCGACCUCAUACUAUUUAUCAUUCUUGACCUCCAUGACCAGUCGGUUUCGAGUCUGCCGCUCAACAUCCGCUUUCUUGAUGGAUGGUUUCAAGCUGUGGCUACCAGAACUGCUGGCUUUUCCUGCAUAAACCUAUCCCUGGUACACCCAGCUGUUCAAACGUCGUACCUUAUUAUGAUGUAUAUCUCGGUCUUCCCUGUUGCCAUAUCGAUUCGUAGAACGAACGUUUAUGAGGAGAAGUCCCUCGGAGUUUACAGCACGGCUUAUGAUGUCGAUGACGAACAAAGUAACAUGUCGUAUGUGGGAACCCAUUUACGUCGACAGCUGUCUUUUGACUUGUGGUACAUAUUUGUGGGCUAUUUUAUUCUUACCAUCACCGAGGGCCCACGGCUCAUGUCAGGGGAUUUCUCGAUGUUUGCCGUUCUUUUCGAAGUCGUCAGUGCCUACGGCACAGUGGGGCUCAGCCUGGGAUAUACAGGCAUCAACGCUUCCCUGUGCUCCCAGUUCACGGUCCUUGGCAAACUUGUUAUUAUUGCUAUGCAAGUUCGCGGCCGUCACCGUGGUUUACCAUACGGUCUUGACCGAGCCGUUCUUCUUCCCAGCGAACACCUCAACCGUAAGGAAGCCGAGGAAGCCGAGGUGAGACUACAACGUCGCACUUCGGCCAUGUCCAUGUCCGUAGGGCAACACCCCCAACGACCCUCGAGUCAGGGCCAAGGCCGAGGCCGAGGUCGUAGUCGUAGCAUCGACAGGAGACAUGUGUUUGCUGGGCUCUUACAUCCUGGGCCAACGUAUCCCCAUGGCCCUCAUCACUCGAUAACGAAUGCAGAGCUCGCAACGGGAUUAAGUAGGAUGGAGUCCCUUAGGAAACAUACUACAGACCCUGGCAAAGACGACAUUGAUGAGACACAGGAGCCUCUCCCAAGAGCUAGAAAGAGAGCCGAUACUCAGCCGACUGUGCAUCGCUAGUGGAGACAAAGCGCGAAUGGGUGGGUAUGGAGGCCAGAAGAAAGGGGCUCCUUGAUGGGCCGACACGGACGGACGGCCUCGCAGCCGACACCAGCCCCCAGUGGCGAUCUCAGUCAAGAUGAGCCGCCGCCAGUGACACAAAACCCUUGGUGGCAGCGCCGUAGGGGGUCGAAAGUACAGUGGUAUCUCGGGAGCACAGGAUGAUUUGUAUGAAUUAUUCUUGUUUGCUUCCUUCCAGGGCACGGACAGAACUGGAUUAGAGAUACAUACAAUGCACAGAACACAAUAGAGACGGUGGCUCGGGCUGGGAUAGAAAUGAUUUUCACUAAUAGACGCCAGGGGCUUUGUUUUUCCAUAUCAUCUUUUUUUACAUUUUCCAUUAGGCUGGCGUAUAUUCAUGUAUUUUCAAUUGCUUUUGUACAUGGCGUUCGUUGGAUUGAUUGAUCGCAUGGCUCUUGGGGCAAAUUCAUGGGAGCUGGACUGACUGGCUGACUGUCUUGUGUAUAUGGGCGAAAGCAUGUUUUGAAGGAUUAAUGCCCUCUUGUCUCUCUUUUCUUUUUUUUUACUAGGAGAGAUAUGUUUUUUUAUUAGGUACAUACAUACAUCGUACAUAGUGUUUGGAAACCUGUCUACAUACAUCCAUUACAUACCUAGAGUUCUGGUGUGUUCAUGAGAUUAUUGAGAUAGAAAAGGGGCAAGCUCGUUUCAUGGGUACAUAUAUAUAUAUAUAUAUAUAUAUAUAU